AGGCCUUUUUCUUCUCUUCUUCUCAUCGUAAUUACUCCAUGCAUUCAAAUUCCCAACCCUCUUCACAUUGACAUUUGCAUUUUCCCUCGCAUUCGCAUUUACCACGGUGGCAGUGCCCCCCCGGUUAAUGACGCGUACAUUCAUUCACCCGCAAGCCGUCCAUCUCCAUGAAGACAUAAGCAGCUUAGCCCGUACCAUCAAAGAGGGAGAGAUUUACGGACAUCACCCUAAGCUGCUGCAGACGCGAAAAGGGGGCAUGGGAGGACAGAGAGCACCGAAAGACGACCAUCUAUUCAUUCCCCUUGGCCCUCUUCUCCGACGUCCAUCAUGGCCACCACCGUCUCCAACAUCCGGCCCCUGGCCAUCUUCACCGGCUACAUGGUCACCGCCGCAGCCCUCACUUCCAAGUGCAUCUCCAUCAUCCUGAGCAGCAGAACCGCCAGUAGUAGCGGCCAGAGCCAGACCAAGAAUACCCCACCCCGCCGUCCCCGUCCCGUCGUCACCCUCCUCUUCGCCCUCCUAGCAGCCGUCAGCCUCGCGACAACAUGGUACCACAUGUUCCGCUACUUCCGCUGGUCCUACCUCGACUGGGCCGAGGACCACCUCCUCCCCUUUGGCGGCGACCUCGACCCGUCCGCGGGGCCUUACUUGGGCGCCUGGCUCCGCGACACCUCCCUCUUCCGGCAGGCGUGGGCGUCGACGCUGGAGACCCCGCCCCGGGCGUGGUGGUCGCUGCAGAUUUUUGGUUUCUGCGCCCACUGGAGCGUCAUGCUGGCGCUGCAGGCCCGGAAGAGACGCAUCCCGCACGCGUGGGCGUUCAUGCUGCUCGGCCAGGUCGUUGCCAUCUCCUUUGCCUCGAACCUCUUCUUCCUUGCCGUCCUUCUCUACGACGUCGCUGCCGACGACGACGACGACGACGAGGAGGAGGACGACAUCGGGGGAAAGGGCGGGAAGGUUACGAAGACGCCCUCGCCCUCGCCCUCGCUCUCGCCCUCUACGGCCCUGUUCUGGUACCCCACCAUCUUCGGCUUCACCAUCGGCUGGGCCCUCGAGAUCCCGAAUCAGUUCGGCCGCCCGCGUUUCAUGCCCAUGCUGCUGGGGCCGCACGUUUUCGCGUUUGCGCCGCUGCUUCUCAACGCCGUGCUGCGCGCCGACCUACCCGCCCGUUUGCUGAACCCGCCUUCUUGGUACGUCCGGGCCGGGUUUAUGACGGCUCUGGUCGCCGUGGCCACGAGCCGCGUGGUGAGUGCCGGGGGCGAUUGGGCACUGGUGAAGAGCACGCUGUACGAACAUCCUGCCGUGAGCAGCGUGGGAUGGGAUGUUAUUUGUUGUUGGGUUAGCUAUGCGGCUUGGGCGGUGUUGGGAGAGGCUUGAUGGGGAUGGGCGCGUAGUUAACAAGGUGGAUUCAUCCCAGUUUACAUUACAUUAUAUAGACAACAUGAAGACAAAUGACAAUAGACCAAGGCAAAUCGCCCCUCGCUUUAUGGCCA